CUUGGGGCGGAGCCCCUCCCUUCUGCUUGCCGCGCGGAGUGGGAGUCCCGGCUACAACCGAGAGGCAGGGUCCAGGAGCUGGGGACUCCCGCCGCCGCAGUGCGCCCACCGCGUGUCACUGCCGCCGCGUGGCGAUGAGCAGCCCCGAGAGCACGCCGCCUCCCGCGCACCACGAGCCUAACCCAGGGAUGUCCUACAGCGUGAUGGAGAUCGCCAUCAUUGCAGCUGUGAUCACUGCAGUGGCUUUGGUCCUGGUCUGCCUCCUCUUCCUCAUGCUUCGGUACCUGUACAGGCACAAGGGCACCUACCACACCAAUGAGGCCAAAGGCACCGAGUUUGCCGAGAGUGCUGAUGCAGCCCUGCAAAGUGACCCUGCCCUCCAGGACGCUGGGGACAACAGCAAGAAGGAAUACUUCAUCUGAGGAGUAGCAGGUCUUCACCUCCCUGCAAGGUGUUUGUAGCUGUUGGAGAGAAAGCACACACACACUAAGUGCCAAUACUGUCAGCACCAGGAAGCCCUCAAGGACACCCCAAGACUCUUACUGCAGAACGCUGGGUGCCUGCCAAGAAACUGAUACAGAUAAGAAGAAUCGAGGUGCAGAACACCUCUUGCAGGGACUCAAUGGCCACCCAGAGGCUGGCACUGGCUCUACAAGGAAUAGAGAACAUCUGGAAACACAGGUCUCCCUGUACAAUGCAGAUCUCAUCUCACUAGCAUGAAAGCUCUCCUCGGUGUGCAUGAGAUGGUUGGACCUAGGUGUGGGGGUGAACAGAAGUAUGACAUCUAUAAGCAGACUGGGGAUAAUGGCAUCAAAUGUCAGUUCUUGACAUUUGGGGACAAUGGCAGGUGCCAGAGUUCAAAGGC